AUGACCACGAGCAAUGUCAUAGUCAUCAGGAAAAAUAAAAUGAGGAAAAUUGAAAAGACAAACUUUAAAUUGAGUAAUGCCAACAGUUUGCUAGAAUUCAUACAAUACUGUAUAAACAAAUAUAACCUGUAUGACAGAGUUGGUAGAAAGAACAUCGUACCACCUCCGCCAGACCAGAAGAUCAUCAUUGACAAGUUGGCUCUGUACGUUGCUCGCAAUGGUCCAGAAUUUGAAGAGGUCGUCAAGAAGAGGAAUGACGCCAGGCUGAUAUUUUCUUUAGAAGUUCCCAACAGCAACAAGCCAUACUCUCCUCAGUUUGUUUAUAUCACCAAAGACACAACGACUGCAACAACAACAUUGAGCGCGAUGGCAGACGAAUCACCCCUGAUAAAAAGCAUCAGUUUCAGUAUAAAGUCGAAAGAGGACAGCCAGCAACUGAGCAGCAAGAAGGCAGCACUCCAUCACAGCAACUGGGAAGAUGAUGAUGAUGAUGAAGAGGAGGAGGGUGCUGAUGAUGAUGAUGAUGAUGGUGGUGGUAAAACAGUCGGAGAUGAUGAUGGUGUUAAGGAUGCUAACGGUCAACCAACAAGUGCAACAGUCAACAGCAUGUCAACAUUAAACAACAACAACAACAAAUUGAUGAGAGAAUCGAGGAAGAGGAAGUCGAACGUAGAUGUGGAUGACUCCAGCAACAACAACAUAAACAACAACAACAAUGUCGUUGGUGGAGGCGGUAUCAGGAGUGCCAUCAACAACUGUGAAAAGAUAUCGAGACCUUCAUUCUUCAUUGGCGACGACGACGAUGAUGAUGACGAUAACAACAGAUAUAAAAAAAAGUUGAAAAAACUACAAUCAACAACAACAACCUCCUUCUUGCCGGCCACAACUGCAAUCAGCUAUGGGUCAAAAUACGCAACAGGAACAUCAUCAUCAACAACAACAACAACAUCCUCGAUGAUUGGACCUCUGUCAAGACCGCUUUCAACGACAUCAACAACGACACCUUCAACAAAAUCGUCCACAACAUCGUCAGCAACAACAACAACAACAAUUAUGGUUGGUCCACUCCCGAAACCGCCUUCAACAAAAUCGUCAGCCACAACAACCAGGACAACGACGGCAACAACAUCGCCAAUGAUCGGUCCCAUGCCGAGACGUUCCCCGCUGGCGUCAGCAACAUUUCACUCACAUCCGUCAACAUUAUUGUCAUCAUCAUCAUCAUCGUCGACUACAACGACAACGUUAUCGGCUCCAGUGGCCAAUCCAUCGCUGACGGCAUUGAUAUCUUUGUCGAAACAUUCAUCAUCGUCCCUACCCAGGAACACGUCAUCAAGAAAUGUCUCUCGCGCGAGAAGGCGGUCACGUUCAACAUCGAGGCCAAGGAAGAGGUCAAGAACUAGGUCAAGGUCAAGGUCAAAAGAAAAAAGGUCGAAACACAAAUCUUCUAAAAAGGCUAGGAGGAGAUCCAGAUCAAAAACUCCAUCGAGGCAAGAACCAAGCAGGAAGCACAAGAGUUCGAAAUCACGUAAAACAUCAUCAUCCUCAUCAGUGCACAAAUCUAAACACAGUCACCAUCAUCACCAUCGUCAUCGCCAUCGCCAUGAUCCAGCCGAGCAAAUAGUGUUGGAUCUGACUGAUGAAACAGCCGAUGUUGUCGACCUAACCAUAGAUUGAAUAGUCCUGCCUUCCAGUUGUUAUUUCUCAUUUGUCCACAUACGACGUACCCCUGCAAUGUAAAAUGUGUGCACGAAUGUGCGCCUGUGUUUGAACGAUGAAUGUAAAUAAUAAUCUUCAAGUUGGGCUUUUUAUGUUCCUUCUUUCAAAUGUCAUUAUUAAGCCACAUUGCUACAAUCAAAAUUAUUUUGCAAUUAUGUCAUGAAUUUUACAGACCGAAAUAAAAUAUUCCUUAUGCGUGAU